CACAACAACGAAGAUGGCGUGUUGUGGAAACUGUUUUUGUUGCCAGUGUUGCUGCAGAGAAGGAGAGACACGGACACCCGAGGAACUGACAAUCCUCGGGGAAAUCCGAGAUGAAGAAGAUGAGAUUUUACCCAGGAAAGACUACGAGAGCUUGGAUUAUGACCGCUGCAUUAGUGAGCCCUAUGUGGAGGUUCUGGAGGGGAUGGACAACAAGAAAGCCAAAAAGCAUGAAGCAGUGCGGUGGAUAAUGAUGUUCGCUAUCGGAGUCACAGUGGGUCUGGUGGGCCUGUUUGUGGAUUUCUUUGUGCGCCUCUUCACCAAAAUCAAAUUUACCCUGGUUGGUGAUUCUGUAGAGAAGUGCAGUGACAAAGGCUGUCUGUCUCUGUCUCUGCUGGAGCUCCUGGCUUUCAACAUGACCUUCAUCUUCAUCGCCAGCGUGCUCAUCCUCAUUGAGCCAGUUGCUGCAGGUUCAGGGAUCCCAGAAAUCAAAAGUUACUUGAACGGAGUAAAGAUUCCAGGAAUCGUCCGGCUGCGAACUUUUCUCUGCAAAGCUACUGGAGUCCUGUUCAGUGUGGCUGGAGGUCUGUUUGUAGGGAAAGAGGGUCCGAUGAUACACAGCGGAGCUAUUGUGGGAGCUGGUCUUCCUCAGUUUCAGAGCAUCACUUUCAAGAGGAUCAAACUGGACUUUCCAUACUUCCGCAGUGACCGGGACAAGCGAGACUUUGUAUCAGCGGGGGCUGCUGCUGGAGUGGCUGCUGCCUUUGGUGCUCCGAUCGGUGGCAUGCUCUUCAGUCUGGAGGAGGGCUCCUCCUUCUGGAACCAGGCCCUCACUUGGAAAGUGCUCUUCUGCUCGAUGUCAGCCACUUUCACUCUCAACUUCUUCCGUUCGGGGAUCAACUUCAACAAGUGGGGCUCCUUCCAGCUGCCUGGUCUGCUCAACUUUGGAGAGUUCAAGUGUUCAGAGGGAGACAAGAACUGCCACCUGUGGACAGCAGUGGACCUGGCCUUCUUUGUCCUGAUGGGGGUGGUGGGCGGCCUGCUAGGGGCGCUCUUCAACUACAUGAACAAGGGCCUGGCCAAGUAUCGCAUCAGACAUAUCCACCCCAAGGCCAAGUUUAUCAGAGUUCUAGAGAGUCUGCUGGUUGCCAUGGUGACAACAGUGGUGAUAUUUGCAGCUUCCAUACUGUUGGGCGAAUGUCGUGACCUGUCCUCCCCUACAACCCAUAACACCACGCUGUCCGGCAGUGAGGACAUCAACUCAACCAUCCGCCAGUUCUUCUGCACUAACAAGACCUACAAUGACAUGGCCACGCUUUUCUUCAACCCACAGGAGGCAGCCAUCCACCAGCUCUUCCACCAGGAGGGCACCUUCAGCCCUGUGACUCUGUCCGUCUUCUUCCUGCUCUACUUUCUGUUGGCGUGCUGGACCUACGGUGUGUCUGUACCCAGUGGCCUCUUCGUCCCCUCACUGCUCUGUGGGGCAGCUUUUGGACGUCUGGUUGCCAACAUCCUCAAAGUGAAAAUGGGAAUGGACAUCUACUCAGGGACCUUCGCUCUCAUUGGAGCAGCGGCCUUCCUGGGAGGCGUGGUCAGAAUGACCAUCAGCCUGACUGUCAUCCUCAUUGAGUCCACCAAUGAAAUCACAUACGGGCUGCCCAUCAUGAUCACUCUCAUGGUUGCCAAGUGGACUGGAGACUUCUUCAACAAGGGCAUCUAUGAUAUCCACAUCCAGCUGAGAGGAGUGCCGCUGCUGGAGUGGGAGACUGAGGUGGAAAUGGACAAGCUGACAGCCAGUGACAUCAUGGAGCCCAACUUGACCUAUGUGUACCCCCACACCCGGAUCCAGUCUCUGGUCAGCAUCCUGCGCACCACCGUAUACCACGCCUUCCCUGUGGUUACUGAAAACCGGCAGAACGAGCGGGACUUCAUGAAGGGCAACAUCCUGGUCAGCAACAACAUCCGCUUCAAGAAAUCCAGUGUUGUGUCCCGUGCCGGGGAACAGCGGCGGCGCUGCCAGUCCAUGAAGUCGUACCCAUCCAGCGAGCUGAGGAAUGUUUGUGAUGAACAGAACGCUGUGGUGGAGCCGGCAGAGGAGGGAGAGGACCUGCUGCAGCAGAUGCUGGAGAGGAGGCACGCUCCCUACCCCAACCUGUACCCAGAUCAGUCUCCCAGUGAGGAGUGGACCAUGGAAGAGCGCUUCAGACCACUCACCUUCCACGGCCUCAUCCUGCGCUCCCAGCUGGUCAACCUGCUCAUCAGAGGGGUCUGCUACGCUGAAAACCAGUCGAGUGCCACUCAGCCCAGGCUGUCCUACGCAGAGAUGACUGAAGAUUACCCACGUUACCCUGACAUCCAUGACUUGGACCUUGCCCUGCUCAACCCCCGCAUGAUAGUGGAUGUCACCCCCUACAUGAACCCAAGCCCCUACACCGUAUCACCCAACACCCACAUCUCCCAGGUGUUCAACCUGUUCAGGACCAUGGGCCUGCGACACUUACCAGUGGUUAACGCUGUUGGAGAAAUUGUUGGAAUAAUCACAAGACAUAAUUUAACCCACGAGUUCCUUGUGGCCAAACUGCGACAGCACUGCAUCACUAUUUGACCCGACUCUGGACAUUUUGCUGUCCCUGUGAUCUGGACUCUGUUCAGCCUUGUCCUGAGCCUUUGUCUCUGUCCAUUCCUAACAGCAUGCACACUCUAUCUGUGGUACAGUAGGGAACAUGGUUUUCCAGUAAGUCAAGCCGCUUGCUCUCAUUUCACUCAAGUCUCACAUGGAUUGUCAGCCGUCCUCCAGCCGAGCUUCGCUGGCAGGACAAAAAACAGGCACUGGGUGUCCUGCAGCACAACCAUAUUUGACCUUAUCAUGUUGAUCUGCACAGAAAAGGUUUUACUUUUCACAAAUAUUUCCCACACUAUCCAUACUAAAAGCUGAGAAUUAAUUGCUGUGCACUCAGAGGAGUGGGGGAGAAUCCAUUUAUUGAUAGAAGUAUUUCCGACUCUUUUUGGACCAUCUGGUUGACCUAUGACCUCACAUUCCAAACAAGUUAUCAAGCGACAAACAGGUUGCAUAUCGAACAGUAUUCAUCCCUGCACAUUUCCUACAUACUCUAUACUUUACCUGGUACCUUAAUCUUGUUUUGUUUUCUUUCCUUCUUCUUUCUCUUUGUUUUUUUUUUCUAGCUGUCUUCUAUGAAUUUAUGCUGUUUGACUUCCGGGUUAAAGCUUGGCGUGUGGACUAUGGAGCAUGUGCAGACCGCCUAGGCCAAUUCAGGUCCAGUUGAGGCGUAUACAUGAAAAAGUAAUUUGACCCCCAACUGCAUUAUCUCAUUGUGUUAGUCAGACUCUGAGAAAUUCAGUUUCAGUCGAACUAAAAUUUUCACAUGUAUUUUAAAAGUCCAGUUUUAGUCGGACUAACACAAUAAUUUGACUUUUUCUAACAUCACUAAAUGUAAGCAGAGACUGUAGGACCAGAUUGGUUCGGUGGACACUGGGUGUUGCUGGUGUGUGUUGUGCUUUCAUUACUGUCAUCGUAAGCUUGUUGUUCACUGUAUAAUCAGCCCUCUGUUAACGUAGUGACACAUGAGCUUACUAGCUAAUGUUGAUGUGUAGAUAUCAUUGUCAAAGAAACAAAACCCACAUGCAGCACAUCAUUAAAAAAAGCCUCCUCAGUGCCCUGCCACGGCUUUUUUCCGAAGAAAAACACUAAUGUAGCUUUUAUCAGUUGUUAAAAUAAUUAUCCAUGUUUUUUAUCCCUUAGCUCAUCCAGAGAAAACAUGACGCCAGCUGGAAAGAUGUAUUCAGUGAUUUAAACAGGCCUGGUGCUGAGCUCAGUGACCACUGUCUCUGCUGGUUGGAGACACAGAUGACAAAUUACAGCUUUGUAGGAAGAAUUUAGAAUGAAGGAGUCCUAGCCUCAGUUAUAGUUAGCGAGCUACCUGAUUUCAUCCAUGAAAAAUUUGCGACAGAAAAACAGCUACAAAUGGCUGUAAGUUUGGACGAGACGAGUGCAGCUGUACAGGUCGCUGCACAGUUGUGGUCUAAAAUUCACAUACACUUGUAAAGAACAUGUAUGUCAGGACAGUUCUGAGUUUCGAGUAAUUUCUCUUAAUUUUUCUUAUGGGAAGAUAAGAGCACAUACUGCUUUAUCACAAAACAUUCAUCAAUUUUGGGUCUUUUAUGAAUUUAUCAUAGGUCUCCUAAAAAAUGUCACUAUAUCUGCUGGGUAAGAAACAUACAUUCAGUAAUGCUAAUAUCUGCUCAGAUGCCCCCUAGGCUUUUUCAUCUCAGCUAGGUGCUUUUGGUUGCCAUCCAUGUUCUGGAUGGAGUUUAAGUCAGGACUUUGGGACAGUCAUUCCAAUCCCUGUAUCCUAGCCUGAUUUAGCCAGUCCAUUACCAUUUUUGAUGUGUUUUUGUGCUCAUUAUGCUGCUGGAACGCUCUACUCCGUUCAAGUCCUCCUAGCUGAUGACCUAAUGUUUUCCUGAAGAAUUUCCAUUUUCCUUUCAGUUUCUGUAAAGCACCAGUUCCACUGUCAGCAAAACAACAUAGUAUGUGCACUAAUCAUCCCAUUGUUGAAAAAUUGGAGAAAUGAUUUGACUGCUAUGACAUACAUUUUCUUUACAAGCGUGUGUAAACUUUUGACCACAGCUGUGAGUUGGCUUCACUCUGAAAUCUUCACUUCACUAUUACAGUUUCUGUAAAUUCACUUUACUGCAAAUGAGGCUGGCAGGGCGGAUGCUUUACGGAUUAGAUAUUAAGUGUGUAAUUAUAACAGUUCAUAUUCAAAAUUUUGUUUUAAUUGCCCGCUGUGCUCACACACUGUGGUCUCACACAGUGGAUGUCCUGAUGUCCUGUCAGCUUUUCUCUUUGCUAACACAAAAUGGAGAAAGCUAGCAAACUGCAGAACAAAUGCUUACCAUGAACCUCCUGAGAAGAAAUCUAAAGAUGCAUCUGAGUUGCGACACAACAAAUAGAAAAAUCUUAGAUGCAUCUGUAUUAAUUAAGACAUUUCAUUCUGAAUUUGUUUAAAUUGUUAAAAUGUGAAAGAAAACUACCUGAGUGAAACAUCACCUGCAAAGGUUUCCUUGCUACCUGUAUGAACAGAAUAUUUUUGUUUUUUGACCUUAUGAUUAUGCUUUAUCAUCAUUGUCACUUUAGCACUUUUAUUUUGGACUGAUGUCUGUACAUUUUAAUUUUCUGUGUAACUAACUGGAAUAUAUGCACUAAAGCAGGCCAACAUGCAGUCACAGCCUGCAGCUGAACUAAACCUCAGUGGUUCUUUGAAAAGUUAUCUUAGUGACCUUUCCACGUCAUUCCAAGUUGGACAUACAGUAACAUUUGUAACCACUGUAACCACAGUAAAUACACACUGGUAAAUCUGACAAGUUAAAAAAAAAGUCUAGGAAAGAAAUUGCCUUGAAAAAUGUAAGUAAAUAUAAUAAUCUUAACUUACGUGUACUUGAUAUCUAAUUGUUAUUAAAUCAGUCUUUCUAGUUUUAUAAACUUCAGUAAACCAAGUUUGUUGUGCUGUAUAUCUAUCUAGUAAUAUUUGUAUUUUCUUCAACAUGUUAAGAAAACAGAACUCGCAGAUCUCCACACUCAUUAGCAAAAUCCUCACUGAGAUGAACACGUUAAGUCAGACUGACUUUAAAUAAAUACAGCUAAAUUUAAAGUAAAUCUAACAAAUAGAUGUUAAGUAAACAUAAGAUUACUUAAGAUUAAUAGUUAGUUUAAGUUAUAUUUACUUUCAUAUUCCAGGCAAUCAGUUUCCAAGAUUAUUUAAGGUUAGAUCAACCUGUCAGACUAUACAGUGCAUUAGCUUUUAGUUUUGCACUCAUGAUAUGUUACAUUAUUUUCACUGUCAUUCAGUUGGUUCUAACAGGACUGAAUGUUUGACAGGCUCGGCUGAUGUAGACCAACAGUUUGUCAUGUCGUAGGGGAAUUUUUGAACUGCAAAAAUUCUGUUUUAGUUAAACUAAUGUGUAAAUAUUUCAUGUUAGUCCUCUGCUAUUAGACGUUCAGCAGUAUAGAACGUUUCUGGUCCUCGUACAUGGUUUUAUUUCCCUAAAAGGGACUGAAAAUGUGAGCAAAGACAAGUUAAAGGGAAAUGUACCUUCACUGAUGGACAUGAAGUCCACUGUUUGUCAGGUUGAUGGACUGUCAGCAACCAUGAUUGCACAUGGUACAUCAAACAUUCCUUUAUUUGUUUCUUGUCUCCGCUUUAUGUUUUAUUUAUGAGAUUAUUUUUAUACAAUUUUCUUUUUAUGAUUUACUGCCUGUGCUGUUAACGUUUCACUCUCAUGUAAUUGAUGUUCUAAAUGUAUAAUAUUGUUUACAGUCAAGGCAUUGCUCCCUUGUUGUUUUAAAACCAUUAUUAUGUUUCCAGUCCAUUUUAAAUACAUAUGGCAUGGCAGGUGGUGUGCACAAUAUGAGAUUAAGAGAAACAGUGACAGUUCAUGUCCUACUGUGAAGCCAGACCUGAGGGACUAUUUGCCAAAUACUUUGAAUUUCAUGUGACCUGUGAGGAGAUUUAGGCAGUGCUCUGUGCUUGUUCAGGAAUUUGUAGCUUUCACAAAUGAAGGGAAGUGGCACAGGGAAAAAACGCUGCAGUGGUGGAACAAAAAAGCAGAGAGACCUCUGUCUUGUGCCUUUAUGAUUAUUUAAAUAAAGGUCUUUAUGUUUUGUCAAGCAAA